AUGAGCAUGAAUGAAUGGACCAAGCUUUCGAGGAAAAGGAUGAAAGAAGGAAAGAUUGGACGUGCACUGGUCUGCAUAAGUGCAUAUCAUGUCAUUGUGAUGGAUGAUAGACAAGCAGUGAAGUGGGCAAUGUCUGUUCAGGAAUAUGUCGGGUUGGGACAGUUGGGACUCGUAUUACCAACUUCUCUUCAGCCACUUGUCGGACUGGUUUUGCAAGAAAUUGAUAAUUAG